UCUGCUGGGCCUGCCGCGGGCUCGGCUGGUUGGGACACUAGUGGUGCUAGCGUACGGGAUCAUUCUCGCCUAGGGGCCUGAGGAGAUAAGGUUUAGCCAUGGCGUCCUUAAUCAGAAAGGUGAUCAGCACCUCGAGAGCUCCAGCGGCCAUUGGUCCCUACAGUCAGGCUGUGCUGGUGGACAGGACCAUUUACGUCUCGGGACAGCUGGGCAUGGACCCUUCCAGCGGGCAGCUUGUGCCGGGAGGGGUGGCGGCAGAGGCUACGCAGGCUCUCACAAACAUGGGUGAAAUUCUCAAAGCUGCAGGCUGUGACUUCACUAAUGUGGUAAAAACAACUGUUUUGCUGGCUGACAUAAACGACUUCAAUACUGUCAAUGAGAUCUACAAACAAUUGGGGAAACGGGUGUCCCUGCCAGCCGGUGAGGUGAGACCAAAGUGUAACGUGGGGAAAGCACCAUCACUCUGGCAUGAAGGAUUGGCUGACUUCAAGAAUAAUUUUCCUGCAAGAGCUGCUUACCAGGUUGCUGCUUUGCCCAAGGGAGGCCGUGUUGAGAUCGAAGCCAUCGCUGUCCAGGGCCCUCUCACAACAGCUUCACUCUAAGUGGGCCGAGUGCUGUUUAGUCCGGAGUUUUCAUAAUGUUUUUGAAUUAAUGUCUUAAUUUUUAUAGUGGACAUUGGGAAGUAUACGACUGACUAAAAUAGCUGAAGUAUUAUGGAAAUAUAAUGUAAUAAGGGGAAUGGAACAUGAAUUGCAAAUGAGAUGAAUCCAGUUACCGAUACUGUAAGUUUCAUUUAUGCACUCAGAUGACUGGAUGUGAGGAAGAAAGAGUAUACCUACUUCAAUUAAGUCCUUUUUAAUCUAAUGUUGUGAAAUAUUUCAUUCUUAUGUCAGACAUAUGAUUCCACUUUCACUUGAGUAAAAAAGAUUUAAGUUUGAAUGGCAGAGGUAAAGAAGAAGAAAGUGGACCAAAAUUUUAUAUAACAUUUUUCUAAUGGCAAUAAAAUAGACAUGCAGAUUUU